CGGCGAGGGGACUGUGAGCGCAGCGGAGGCCCCACCCACCUCCAAGAGCAGCGCCAGCGCCGCCGCUCAACCCCCUGGUCCGUCCGUCGGUGUGCCCUCGUCGCCGUGUUCCCCUCCUUCCCUCUCUGGGUCCCGCGUGGGGGACUGGCAGGCGGCGGAGGAGGAGGCUGAGGCGGGUCACAAGACUUGCGGGGGGAGGAGGAAGGGGCACGAGGAACGCCAAAAGGAGGCCUUAUUAUGGGGUGAGUCCGAGGGGGCCAGAGGAGGGGAACGGGCGGAGGACCCGGGCCGACACUGGAGCCACGCCACGGGGACAGUGAGGGAAAGCAAGGCGAGGCGAGGCACCUCUGAGCGCGUGCAGAGCGCUCCCACAAAGUAACUGGAACUCUUACUCUGCCCCGAGUGUUUCCCAAACUUAGGUCACCAUCUGUCUUUGGACUACAACUCCCAGCAUCCCUAGCUAGCAGGACCAGUGGUCAGGGAUGAUGGGGAUUGUAGUUCAAAAACAGCUGGAGACCCAAGUUUGGAAAACACUGGUCCAGCCCAACCUUUCUCAACCUUGGGUCCACAGAUGUUGUUGGACUACAACACCCAGCAUUCUUAGCCAGCAAGACCAAUGGGCAAGGAUGAGGGGAGUUGUAGUACAACAUCUGUGGACCUAAGGUUGAGAAAGGUUGGGCUAGCCCAGUGUUUCCCAAAUUCGGGUCUCCAGCUGUUUUUGAACUACAAUCCCCAUCAUCCCUGACCACUGUUUCUGCGAGCUAGGGAUGGUGGGAGUUGUAGUCCAAAAACAGCUGGAGAUCCAAGUUUGGGAAACACUGGGCUAGCCAUACACAACUGGGAUUUUUAAAAAGAAGGGUGCUCCUGAGCAGCCCCAAUGUCUUCCCAUAGGUAACUGGUGCUUUAAGACAAGGGUGCCCCUGACCAUGCACAGUCACUGCCUUCCACCCUCCUGCAGUUACUGGGACAUGUCAGCAUGUUCUGAAAUGAGGGGCUGAACUAUGGGCAUGGUUGCUGUGAGAACACUUGACAGCCUGUUUUCUGAACAACAGUGUAACUGAGGGAGGAAUAGUCUUCUAAAAGAAUAUGAAAUGGUAUUAAAUUAUGGGAAGGAAGAACGUAAGGGGGAAGUAGGGAAAGACAGGUGAAGCUAAGGGUGAAGACAGCAAUUCAUUAUACUGCAGGGUACUCAACGUUUUUGGGCCUGAGUAUAUUUGGAAAUGGAAGAAACUCUCAUGGGCACCACAAGCUACCCAUUUCACAUAAGAACUGUCAGUGCUCAGACCCUGCUCCCUGUCCAAUCCAGGCAAAACAUCCCCAAAACUAAUAAAACACUUUGCAGACCCAAGCAUUAUGUAAGGUGGUGAAAAUUUUAAUGCUCUUCUCUUCAUUGAAGACAAAUGCCUAGCAGUGCAGUCUUUUCACUGGACUUUAGGAAACAGGUUUCCAUCACACUUUAGAACUGAUGUCUGCUUUCAUUCUAAGGCAGGGGUGGACCACCUGACUGUUCCUCAGGGGCACAUGUAGCUGAUGGGCGAUACUCGGGGAACUUGUGCCAGUUUGUGUGGCUAGUCCAGUCUUGGCAGUGGGCUGGAGCAUUAACAUCCACACACCCAACUUACACCCAUACCAAACCACAGGAUUUUUUUGGAAGAUGGGGACAAAGUAAUACAGUCGUAGCUUGGAUCCCAAACGCCUUGUGAGUUGAACGUUUUGGCUCCCAAACUCCGCAAACACGGAAGUGAGUGUUCUGGUUUGUGAAUGUUCUUUGGAACCCGAAUAUCCGAAGGGGCUUCCACAGCUUCUGAUUGGCUGCAGAAGCUUCCUGCAGCCAAUCGGAAGCCACGCCUUGGUUUCUGAGCGUUUUGGAAGUUGAACGGACUUUCAGAACAGAUUCCGUUUGACUUCCGAGGUACCACUGUAUAGGGAUGAUAUCUGUAAAUAAAUCCCCAUUUCUUUGAUCUAUUUGAAGCAUCUUGGGCUACUGGGUGUAGUCUUUCUGAGGGAAAGGUCCCAGUUAAUUAGUAUAAUGUGCCACCAGUGUGGAGAGCUUGCUGCCAGAUUGCUCAAGGUCGGCAACCUAAGGCCCAUGGGCCGGAAGCGGCCCACAAAGGCUGUUUAACAGGCCCACGAGCCGGCCACUUGGCAAGUCCCUGCGCGCUGUGCUAAACCGACGCGGUGCGGGGACUCUCUUCCGUGGCUCCGGAAAUCGCUUCUGCGCAUGCGCAGAUGCCGAAAAUAGCGUCUGCGCAGGCGUGAUUUUCAGCCUCUUGGCAUGUGCAGAAGUGAUUUCUGGCGCCACAGGCAUGCACAGACAUGAUUUCUUGCAUUGCACCGGCCUGGCCCACGGAGGAUCUCCGCAGGAGUGAUCUGACACAUGCCCGGUAAGCCUUGCUGACCCCUGCUCAAGGUCGUAGAAAUGGUGCAAAAAUGAACUUUGUAGUAGCAGCUGGAUAGUUUUCCAGUAUGUACAUUAUCUAUUGUUGGGAAAACUAGGCCCUAGGCUGUGAUUGGCAAAAAUCUGCCUUGUAACCAGGCUUUUGGUAUUAAAAAGUAGCCUUUGAUUUAUUUUGGGGGGGCCCAUUCAGAUGAAGGAUUGUGUUGCAACGACCUGGAUGUAGCUUGCUGGUGGGAUCUGUGACUACGGGGUUGGUGGUAGGGUGAGGCAAGCUAAUGCUCUUCUUUUUGGUCUGUACCUGAAUUCCCAAAAGUUUUUUUGUUUCUUAAAUUGUAUUUUUUAGUAUGAAAAGGAUUCUAUUUUAGUCUUGUGGUCUCUUAAUAAAGUACCGUAUUUUUCGCUCUAUAAGACGCACCAGACCACAAGAUUCACCUAGUUUUUGGAGGAGGAAAAAAGAAAAAAAAUAUUCUGAAUCUCAGAAGCCAGAACAGCAAGAGGGAUCGCUGCGCAGUGAAAGCAGCAAUCCCUCUUGCUGUUGCGGCUUCUGGGAUAGCUGUGCAGCCUGCAUUCGCUCCAUAAGACGCGCACACAUUUCCCCUUACUUUUUAGGAGGGAAAAAGUGAGUCUUAUAGAGCAAAAAAUACGGUAUUUGUCUUUAUCUAUUGCUGUGGCUUCUUAUGGUAGGCUUUUGUCUAAAUCUGGCACCUGGUUUUCACUACUGAGUAAUUUGUGGGUUUGGGGCUUGGAGAACAACGAGUGGAUAUUUGGCUCUUGGCUAGAUGAAUUCCAAGGGCUCCAAAAAGAAAUCUGAGUGUCCCCUGACUUAGAUUUGGAAAACUUUUCAGGAGUGGAGGCUGGGCAGGAUUGAUUUUCCCUGGGCAUCAUUCAGCUUGGCUGCAGAGUUGAGAAAUUAGCCCUGGGUAGAGAGGUAUAAUACCUGCUCCUAGAAGGGAUGAGAUAGGAAUAAGGAAUGCUUACCAUCAUAGCUCCAAUCUCAAAACAAAAUUUUAUUCAAUCCCUUCUUUAUCAUACAAGUCUAGAAAUAAUGUAGGUGCUGUGAUCCAGAGCUGCUAUGCAGUUCCUGAGUCAGCAGGACGUCUGUAAGACGGGGUAAAAAAGCAUGUCCUUGUAUUCUGUUAAAGGAUUUUAGAGGUAAAAUUACUUGUUAUCACCCAGCAAUAACUGAUCAGUAAAAAAAGAAACAUACCAAUUUUGUUUCAUUCAUGCUAUUAUAAAAUAAAUUGUCUAACUGCAGUAUUAUUAUUUUGUUUUAAAAAAUCCUUAAAACACAGGCAGAGCGCGUGUAACCUACAGAGUCAGCAAGUGUAAUGACUUCCUCUGAACAGAAGCAAAAUGAAAUAGAGUCUGAAAGAGUCGCUGGAAAUACAAGAAUUGUGGAAACAGAAUUGCGCUGCACCUACCCAAAUGAGAGGCGGGAGAGGAAUCAGAUUUACACCCUUCUAAGCAUCAGUAACAGCAUAAAUGAACAAGAGGAAAGGUCCUUGGAUUGUACUAAUGGAACAGGAUGGGAGGAAGCUGUGAGUAAGAAUUUUAUGUUGUGAACAUUUAUACUCUCAGUCACAAAUUAUCCAUUGAAAAGAAUCUGCUAUAAUAUAGUGUAGUUUAUAAAUGGGCACCACUUGUCUCCUAGGGGCUGGUUCAAAUGUAGUAUCAGUUGAAGCAUCUUGUGUUCAAAUGUGCAUUCUGAUGAAUAUAAGAAUUAUAUCCAUGGUUUCAAAUCCAUCAGGUGAUACCGUUGCAGAAGUCUUUAGUUAUACAGGUCUCUCUUGCUGAAUUUUUUCAAUAUAAAUGUUGCAGCUGUGGAUGCAUGCACCUUCCCUCACCUUAAGUUGCAAUACUACCUAUGGCCCUGCCUAGACAGAGUUAGAUUUGCCUUGUCCAUAUAUGCUGCGGAAAAUCCAAGUCUGACUACUCUAGUGGACUUGGAGAGGCCUUUGGAAACUAUUUGUUAUCUUCAAUUACUUCAGAAUAUGGCAACCAAACUGUUGACUGGAACAAGCCACUUGGAAUGUAGCUUGCCAAUUUUCUGUGGCUUCUAAUUUGGUUCCAAGGAUUUUCCAAGAUACUGGUUGUGACAGGUUUUAACAUAUAAAGUCUCAUAUAGCUUCGGACCAGAGUAUCUGAAGGCUUGACUGCUCUUAUAUGAACCUGCUUGAUUUUUAAGACAUUCAUCAGGGGCCUUGCUUUGGGUGCUUCCACUUUCAGAAGGAAAGUGGGUGGCAAUCAGAUAGUAGUAUCCUGGUUUUGGAAGAUUUUCUCCAGGGACAAAUUGACUAGCACCUACUCUUAGCCUUUAGAAUGAGGUUGAUACAACUGUAUUCUCCUGAAUUUUUAAUUGUUUUAACACUUCCUUUGCUGCUGGGUACGUUUGUUGACAUUCUUAUGGUUUGUAUUGUAGUUCUUAAACUUUCUUAGCUGCUUAGAAAGUUUAUAUACUCAAAUGUGGGAUAAAAUUAUUUUAAAGAAAAUAUUUAAAAACAAAACUCUUGUGACACGUUAAGUCCAUUUAGCGUGAUAAAAACAUCUGGGAGAUAGACCAAGCUUUAAUCCAUAAAAACCUAUGCCUUGAUAAACGUGUUAAUCUUUAAGGAAUGGCAAGAAUCUUGUUGAUCUAUUUACAAAGGAAUUAAUAAAAAUAAAUUAUAGGUAUUAAUAAUUUCACCCUGUCCAGACUAAAGUCAGUGGUGUUGGGUUCCAAAAUUUACAUAAAAGAUAAUCCUUAAAUUAGACAAUGCUUUUGAUGAAAUUAUUAUAAUGAUAGUAUUUGUGAUUUGGUUCAGGUUAGUAUAUGUAGCAAUAAUUUAAUUCUUUGCUCAGGGUACUCUACACUUUCCCAUUAUAUGUCAUUUUAAAGAUGUGCAGCUGGCGCUUUGCAUGGAAAGAAGUCAGCCUGCAUUUACUGGGGCUUAUGCCCAAGUAAGUCUUCAUAUGACUGCAGUUAAUUGUGUAAUUACUUUUACAGUUUUCUUGUAUUUUGGAUUGUGAAGCAAAUGUCAAAGCUUUUCUUCCUACUGCCAUGCCAUUGUUACUCUAUUUUUAGGCUCAUGUUUACUACAUUUUUUGAGCUCUGCUUUGUGUCCUGAUUUCUGUAUCUAAUUAAGAAGCCCUGUGGUUAUGUCCACAUGGUACUUAUUUUUAGGGCUGCAAUCAUGCCAGUGGCUUCAUCCAGAGUCCAUCUUUUCCUUGUAUACAUGCUUUGCAUUUCCUAGUUUAUAAAACCUUGCAAGUGUUGGGGGAAGAGAAUGACCAGCAAGGUCUAGUGAUGCUUUCUUGUGAGAGGGAGCAAUCCGAGCCACCUCGAAGGAAGCAGAUAUGUACCUUCUCUUAACCUGCAGGCUGUUCCAUCUAUUGGUUGCUAAUUUCUCAUUUGUGAAUAAAAGUUAUCUAGCAGGUAAUUAUCACAACCCUGAUUGCAACCCUGCUAUUUUUCCUAAAUUUCUCAGCAGGUUUUGUUACCAUCAGUUAUGAUAUUAUUCUGGUGUAUAUUUCCUGGGACAUUGUGCUUCAGUUCCUAUGUGGAGAGCCAUUUUCAGAAUGUGGUGCUGAGAGAUUAUCACUAAUGUAUUAUGCAGGGAUUUAUUUUGUCUCUUAUGCUGUUUAGAAUCUCUUCUGUUUGAAAAUCCUGAGGUCCUUUGGGAUCCUGGAGUAAGGUGCAAUCCGUAUGCUGCUGACAUUUUCUUGUAAAAUUCAGAAGUGGUGGUGGAUAAGAUGAACUGAUGUCUGAAAUGAGUAAUAAUAAUAAUAAUAAUAAUAAUAAUAAAUUUAUUAUUUAUACCCUGUCGAUCUGGCUGGGUUGCAUGAACUGGAUGCAUGCUAACUAACUGAAGCUCAAUCCAGACAAGAUGGAGGUACUGAUUAUAAUUGGUUUAUAAGUGGUUUAGCUUGAUACGUUGAGUCUAUUUUGGGUGGUUUUGCAUUUCCUUGAAUAAUUAAGUGCAGAGCUUGGAGAUUUGUUUAGAUCUGUUCUUAUAUCUGGAUGCCCAAGUGAGAUGUUGCAUGAAGCACUUUCUGCCAGUUUCAGCUGCUAUGCCAGUUUUCACCCCUCCUCUUGAUGACUCUCUUAUGUUAAGCUAAUGCAAUGUCUUCAUAGAAUCAUAGAAUUGUAGUGUUGGAAGGGACCCUGAGGAUCAUCUAGUCCAACCCCUUACAAAGCAGGAAUAUGCGGCUGUCCCAUAAGGGGAUCGAACCUGCAACCUUGGCAUUAUCAUGCUCUAAUCAACUGACCUAUCCAGACUCAGAUGGAAAGGGAUGCCUUAGAAGACAACUGAGAAGCCACAACUAGCUGCCUGAAUGCUGAGAUUCUCUUCAGAGACCCUUCUCUGGGUGUCCUUUGCCUGUUUUAUAUCCUACUUUUCGAGGCAAAAUACAUUUUAAAAACAGCUUACAAUGUAGCAGAGCAAGUAUAACAAUUUCAAAACAAUAAAAAUUCAGUUCUAUUAACUAAGAUUCUAGUUAGGAGAUAAUGAAUCCUGAUUUAGAGCAAAAAAAUUGGACUGGAUCAUCUCUGAAGGAGUUUGCCAUAGUGUGGUCUGGUUUUGUCAUAAUCAGGAAUGUGGCAGUAGGCUACUCUGCAGUGGUUGUCUGUCAUGGGCAUGAGGAUGUAGUUUACGUUACUCCAGUAGACCAGGAAUUAUUGACCAAACAGCAAAGCUGUCCUUGAAGAACACUUUCACAUAGUCAGGAGUGCAUGAUCCAGCUUUCCCUCUUGUAAUCCUCGGGCUCAUAAGGCACCACUGGAGACGUUACUGUGGAAGGCAUUUAUGCUGACAGAGUAGUAGGUGGCAGCUUUCAGAACCAUAACUGUUCCAAGAAGCAAAGCUAACAUAACCUAAGGGUUUGUUUACAAGAGCUCAGCCUGGCUGCUGUGAUGGUACCUAUUUUGGCUCUUGUAUGGUACAUAGGACUCCAUGCUAGCAAUGCCACCAUGCUUCAGUGUUUUGCGUGGCACAGAUUAUUCAGACUUUUUUUGCUUUGGGUGAAGUUCUUUCUAUUUAUGACUGUCUUUACAGGUAGACCAAUCAGAUUUCUGGACACCAAGUACAGGGCCUUUUCAGUGAUAGUCCUGCAUCUUUGGAUCUCCCUCCCAUAAGAACUUAAUUGGCCUCCUGCUUCAGAGUUUUAAAUGGGCCUUAAAGAGUUUUUUUGGUUGUUGUGUGCAACUUUUUGGGGAUGGUGUUGCUGGCUUUUGUUUCAUGUGCUCUAUUCUGUUUUUGUUUAUAUUAAUUGUGGUGUGGUUUUAUGAUACUGGUUUAAAUGUGAUGGUACACUGCCUUAGGAGGACUUGUCCUUAAAACUGAAUUGAAAAUAACUUGUGAGUUUACUGUAAGGUGCUCUGAGAAGUUCAUGGUAGAUAUAAUAUUCACUAUUUUUUAAAAAACCCCUGAAAGGAUUGAUCAGAACACUUGUUGUGCCAGGGUGAGAUUACGCAGCCUUCACAGCUGACUUCCUACUACUGGCAAUGGGGCUGUUCUGGAGAAAAGCAACUUGUGUUUUCUAGAGGUAAAGCACCUCCAGUUGUGCACUGAAGUAUAGUAUAGUAUAGUAUAGUAUAGUAUAGUAUAGUAUAGUAUAGUAUAGUAUAGUAUAGUGUGUCUGUGGAGCAUUGAAGUACAGAUAAUUGCUUUAGCCCAUUGUCUGCUUUUUAAAAAAGCAAGUCUCUUCCUUUCUUCUAUAAAAUAUUUUAUACUUUCUAUUACUUAAAAAAAUAAAUUCAGUACUGAGGCUAGAAUCCCAUUGUCCCUAGGAGGGUGUGCCAGGGGGCCACUGGAUGUUUCAAAUCUCCAAGUUGAGGGUGGAGAACCUCAUAAGGCCUCUUCCAGCCACUGGAAGUCACUGUGGCCAUUUGUCUUACCAAUGUCAGAGUUCAAAUGUUGGUUGGAGCAAAGAAAGGGGUUGGUGUGGAUCUAAAUCCUUUCCAUAUCCCUGACUCCACCCCGCCCAAUAAAUAAAUUGAGAUAAAUAAAUGUCAGCCUUGGAACUGACAUAUGUAUUUUCCUUUCUACUGGAAACAUUAGGAAAGAAAUAAUAAAAACUUAGAAGAUAAGCACUUAGAAAGGACAAAUAAAAAAGAGCACCACGCUUUCCACCUCUUUGUUUUGCUACCAUGUGCCCAGUAAAAUGUCUUUGAGUUAUUCAAAUCCUCUGCCUUCUGCUGUCCCAUUGGUAGGAAUGCUGUGUUAGUGAAGAGCUCUAAAGAAAGCAUUAAGAACAUGAAUAAUAGCUUUUGGUCCUCCCAUUUGAGAAUAAAAAUUAGCCGUAAUAUGAUAUGCACAGCUUUGUUAUUUAAGUAGACUGGUAUGAAACAAAAGUCGGGAGUUGACUUGUGCUGGACCUUCUUGUUUAGUACUAAACUAUGACUCAUUUAAGGUUUGCUCAACAGUCUUAUCUGACUUUCUUGAUAAUGGGGCAUUAUUUUAAAAUGGUCUAGGAACCUCAUUUCAAUUACACUUUUUUUUGAGCAGAUAAUAUCUUUUCCUGCAUAUUGGUCCACAGUUAAAAUUAGCAAGAGAUUACCAGUAAAUCUAGUUGCUCUGCUGCUUAAAAUACUAACUUAUAUUCACAUCAUUUUGCUCUAGUUGCUCUGCUGCUUAAAAUACUAACUUAUAUUCACAUCAUUUUGCUCUCAGGUCCAAGGCUGGGGCAAAACAGCCCCAUUUGCUUAUCUUCAGCUACAGAAGAAAGCUAGAAAAGCAAAGACAAGCGAGUCUGUCAGUGGAUGCCAGUCUGUCAGUGGAUGCCUUUACUGCUUAGAUCUGAAUCAAGUUAUUGACAAAAGUUUGGAACAAGACCCCAAGGGUACAGAACCAUUGAAAACUGAUUUCAAAUUAAUUACAUGUGCUGCCACAGAUCGUAUUCCAGAAAAACAACAGACUCUGCUUUUACAGAGUGCAACCAUAGACUAUUCAGCAACAGAAGACUCUAAAAAGGAAAACUGUUAUGGCAAAAUAUAUACUGGUCAGACAUCCCAAGGAGAAAAGAAAAAAGUGUCCUUAAAGGAUGCUCAAGCUACUUUAAGUGAAAGGAGAUUUUUUCUAAUGAAAGAGAGUCCUCUCUUCCAAGGAGAAAAGAGAACAGUGCCAAUAAAGGAGUAUAGUAUACUGACUACAGGAAAACCCAAAACUCUAGAAACUGUGAAAUACAAAGACACAAAAGGCUACGAGCCUCCCAUAUGUAAUCAUGUUGGCACUGAAACUGCUACUGUUAAGCCAUCAUUAGUACUACCACCUCUGAAAGAUGCAACUCUCAAAACCACCCUGGAUCCUUCAGCAAAGAAAAGCAAGACUGUUACUUCCCAGGCAAGUGAAAAAUCAUUCCAUGCUAUUUCCGAGACAAGUUGCUGUGGUCAGGUUUUUAAAACCAAAGAGCAAAAGAGUGAAAAAAGAAUAGACACAAUGUAUAAUGCAGUGAAGGAGCAAAUAAAAAUGCAUGAAAUAGCCUCUUUUGACUCAAGGCUUUCCAAGACUUCAUUCAUCUCAAGAAACCCAGAUCGUUGCUACUGGCAUUGUGCAUUUGCACCAGAUACAAAAAUGGCAACCAUGUCUAAUUCAAUUGCACUGCGAAGACACAAUCAUCUCAACAGCAUGCAUUUUCUGCAUACAAAAGGAGCGCGAAUCAACAAAGCUAAUGAGAUGCAAGACCCUUGCACCAGAAGCAGGAGUCACACUGGAACCAAACAAGGAAAUGAGUCAAAAACACAGGAGAUCCCUCUGCUUUCUGGACUAUUCCCUUCCUUAACGGUCAGCCGUGUUGCAAUAGCUGCAUUGCCCUUUAGGCUGACCUGACUUUUUAAAUUGUAGUUUCUUGUUGGGCUAUUCAUGGAUUUGUUUGGAGCACUCUGUAUAAUGAGAAAAAAUACUGAAAAGUCAUUGUAAAGCAGACUGGGCAGAUUUGUUAAUUUGCAUAGGUGCUAUUUUGAAUAGAGUUGACUGCCACUCAUUUCUGUACAAAAUUAAAAUACCAAUUGAUUACCUCUUACAAUAUGAUAAUGGUUUCAGUAGAUCCUUAAAUAUGUUUAGUUGACCUAAUAGAGUCUACAGUGUAGACUCAGGCUCUCAGAGAUGAGCCUUAAUGUGCAUUGCCUGGAUGAUGCCCCCAGUUGGCCGAAAACUUUUUGUCUUUAAAAGUACUCCUAGCUAGUUCUUAUUUAGAAAAUUGGGCAUAGUGUUUCAGUACUCCCAAUCCCUACUGUAUGUAUGGUAAAUGCAAGCUACUUCGGUCUGUUUUGUUCUUAUUAGUCCUUUUGCUUGGGAAGGACCACUACAGAAGCACCAUGACCUGUGUAGUUUGUAUUCUCAAGGAAUACUUGAACUACUGCACCAAACUCAGAACAGAUGGGCAAGGGAUCAGAUUUUGCCUAAAUUAAGCCCGUACAAUUUGGAAGUCAUUGAGCCAUACAUAGCCACAAUGCCUGUUUUUGCUCUCUGUCAAGGAUGGCAAUAGAAGGCUGUCAAAUAUCUGUCAGGCCAGACUAAGUUGCUCAUGAGCUAUAUUUAUCUCAAUGAGUUGUACAGUUGUACAGGCCUAGACCAAGUGCUUCACCAUAUGGAACCUAGAAAAGUACCAAAAAUUGUCUGCAUAGUCUCUGCCACAAUGAUGUACUAUUUUCAAGCGCCCUCCAAUUUGUGCAAAGCCUUAGCUGUUUUUAGAUGUUGUAAAAAGUUUAUUUUUAAAGUUUUCUUUUAUGUUUAAUGUUCAAACAAUGUGUAGAUAAGACUAAGGAAGCAAAGUUAAUAUUUAGUUAUAUUUGUGUGUUUAGAAUUGACUGUAUAUACUUCUUGAUUUGUUUAUGUUAGCUAGGACUUGUCCCCCUCUGCAAAAUUAGGUAACUCACAUUGCUUUAUAAUCUAGAUAGCUUCAAUAAAAUACUUUUCUGUAUGCACAGUGACAGCAUGUUCCUCAGUAUUUCAAUCCAAGAGAUUUUCCUGUCAACAUCUGCCAUAAUUAUCCUACACCUUAUCUGAUGCAUUUGGAGUAGCAGGAAGGUAAUGACAUUUCUGGAUAUCCAAUUGCAAGAGUCCCAAUGUCACUCACCCAUGAUUCAUGGAAUCCACUUAUAUUUGAUCAACUGUACAGAAACUUGUUCAAUUAGUUUUAUUAUAAAAUCUUGCCAAAUUCUUUUUAGUUUCAAACAAACAAGUUUGCACAUAAACUGAUCGUAGUCCUUGAACUAAAUAUUUUGAGUUCUUAUGCAAAAAAAAAAUCUGAGAGCUGAGUGGCCUUUUCCUUUUGGUUUUGGUAAUGGUAGCAAAGGCUCUCAUCAGGAAUUCAUGUGCAUAAACCUCAUGCAAGAACACAGUAGGCUAGUUGAAAAAAUGAACUUCCUUUCUUGUUCUUAAAACAGGCAUGAAAUUAUUUAAAGCAAAAGUGUUCAAUAGCAUGACCAUUUUUUCAGGAUUCAUCAGUGCCUACAAAAAAGGGAUUAAAACAGUGACUGACAGAAAUGUUGUAACAAACAUGCAAUAUAUUUAAGAAACCACACCUGUUUCUACAAGUGUAGGGCAAAGAUUUUUGAGGUGAAUGACCAAUUAAAUGGUGUCAAUUCCUCACCACACCCGUUAUAGGAGACAAAAUUGCUUGAACCAUUAUAAACUGUUAAUUUGAACUGCCUUUUCUUGGGUUGGCUGCUAGACUUAACCCUUCCUCUUGCUCCUACUACCACUUCUGUAGAAAUGCUGGUUUUACUGAACACUGUUGAAGGGCUUCCUGCUACCCUCAUUGCACAUCACAUUUACUGCUAAGAAUUGUGAAACUCUGUGCUCCAGUUUAAAACAAAACAAAACAGGGCUUAAGCAAAGUUUUGGAUAAUGGAUGGAUACAAGCAGUCAUUUACAAAGUGGUUGCUUAACCAUGCUAUAGCUGUAACCACUUGCUGAGUCAGUUACCUGUGUGAUCCUGUUAGGCCAAGUGGAUGAAAGUUUUACCUCUCAUACAAAAUACAGAUAUGUAGUUAAAUGGUUGUCAGUCUUCACCUAUGUAGACUUGUACCUUGUGAAAUAAUGGCUUUACAGAAAAUAACAUGUCAUACUUAAGGACCAAUUAAUAUGUGUUUUCAUUUUUUCAAAAUUACAAGCAGAAUAAAAAUGUCAAUAAAUUUUAAUUCUUUGUGAGCAUAAAUAAACUUGAAGUUGCUUUUCUAAUGAUUCCAUUGAUGAGUGAACCAAAAUAAAUAGCAGCUACUUUUCAGCGAAUCUAAAAUGAUUGAUCUUGUUACUUACCAGCUAAACCAAGUUAGUGAACUGAAAAGCUAUGCUUGAUAGUACUUACAAGUCAUGCUUCCUGAUGCUGCAGUUAGGAAAGCUUCAAAAAGCAAUUUGGCAUUACAAUGAACAAAGUAUGAAUUUUGUAUUACUUAGUCGAGGGUGUGGUGUGGGGGGAAGGCUGUGGCCCUCCGGAGACGGCUGGACUCCAGUUCCCCUCCUUGAACACAGUGGGGCCCACUUCUGGGUAGGUAUGUCCAGGGCCAGGCUGCAUAUUCCACUGAUUUCAGUGGGAAAGAUUUAAGCAUGUUCAGAACGCUAACUGAAAAUAAGUAGGGACUUUAAAAGUUUCUUAGCGUUGGUUGGGUCAUGCCCUUUGUUUUAACUCCCCUUUUCUGCCCUGCACAAAGAGAACAGAUGCCGCAAUCCAAUACUCAAUGGUACAUGCUCCAAAAUAAGUGUAUAUAGGAUUACAUACGUAAGUAAAUGUGUGUAGCAUUACAUACUAACACAAGUGUGUAUUGCUAACUAGCUUUUAAAAUAGCAUAUAUAUUUAACAGUUUUUUUCUUAGUUCUGUGGACUUUGUCAAUGAUAACAGUGUGGAAUUUAGCUGUGAUUUCAUUCUUUUUAAAAAAAUUGUGGUUUUUUUUUAAAAAAAAAUCAUACUAUUGAUUUUCUUUUAAACGAGGGUGUUUUUUUUAAAUCACCAUUAUAUCAAAUGUGGAAAAAUAGGGGGAUAACAGCAUGGAUAAUGUACAUCACAAAGAAUGUGAGACUACAGCAGAAUUUAAUAAUCAUUUAGCUUUAAAAAUAUAGAGCCUUCUUUAGAUACAAAUAAUCAUUUGAUUCCUCCCCACCCCCCGCAAAUGCACCCCAAGACCCUCCUGAAUUUAUAUCCAUUUAAAAAAACUUGACUAGUUCUGUGGACACCCUACUGUGAUUCUGUUAUACCAGAAUAUUUUUGGGUGAUUCUCCCGGGACUCCCACGCCGAUGUAUCCUUUUAAAAAAGGACUAAACCUGCUUUUACACUUUCGCCACUUUUGCAAGUGGCCCCCAGAGGGCUGACAUUGGGUCUUUUUAUAGGAUUUCAUUACUAACUUGGUUCAAUAAAUCAUCACCAGCAGGACAUAUCCAAUAUAACAUUUAGUGGAAAAUUCUCAUUUUUCAAAUGCAAGUCCUAGAGAGCAUGGAAAAGUUACCUAACAUGACAUUGAAAAGUUUAAGAAGAAUUUGGCCAAAAUUCACUACAAGUUUUGUAUAGAGGUUUGGUGAAAUUCAUUAUAUUAAGUGUUUUUUGUGAAAGUGAAAGAUUCACGUUUUUGGUGUGGCUGCAAGACUCUGAAUUUAAAGGCACCAUCUUUUCCCCUCCCUUCUUUCCUUCCAGGAACAAGGCUGGGGGAGAGCUACUCCUUUCACAUGCUGUAAGAUCCAAAAAGAGACCAAGAAACCAAGAGUAACCAAAACAGUCUCAAGCAUCUCGCACCAGAAUAUGGUGCCUGCUAAUAAGAAAAACAUGGCCUGGGUAACACAGUUGGCAAGAGAGAGACAAAAAACGGACAGCAAAUUUACUGAAGGAGAACCAGUUUCAAGCAACAAAAAGAUUGAAGUUUCGUGCAUCAAACCAUACAACUAUGUCCCAAUGAUGACAGCCCAUGCUGAGGGAGACAGAAAGAGAGGGAAAUUAGAUUCUAUCCAAACAUUCCUAGGUGAAAAAAGGAGCUUGCCAAUAAAGGAAUAUGAAAUCAAGUACUCACAACGGCAGACAGAACCUGACAUCCUGAAAUAUAAUGAGAUUGGCCUGCCCAGAGUAAUCCACGGCAAUCCUCCUAACAGCUUGAGCUGUAUAACCUUAAAUGCAUUUUUGGUCUUCAGACCAGACGAAGGCAAUGUAAUCAAUUUGCAUCUGGAGCCUCCUUCAAAGCAUGAAGCAACGGCAGUCAAGAGAACUGAGGAAGAGGACAGCACGGACGCAGUCUCCUAUAGCCACGUAAUUAAAAAAGUAAAGCAGAAGAGUGAAAAAAAAGUUGGUAUGAAUAAUACGGUGAAAAAGCAAAUACAAAAAUCAUGUAUCGCCCUUUGACUUGUCCAUGGUACUCAGCUAUUUUGUCUUGUCUUCAAAGCUGUUUGACUUUUUCCUUUGCACUGAAUUAAGAUUACAUUCAAGCUAUUUUCCAUUCCAAAUCAUUGCUAUUCUAAAUGCAAUACGAACACCUGCAUGGUUUGUGCUGCCCUUGUAAAAUUGUGAUAGUAGCAAGGGCAAUUGCUUUAAUUCAACAGGACUGAUCAUCUCAAUUAAUUGGUGUUGACUAAUUUUAAACCAGUGAGGCCAAAGAGCUGGGAUUUAAGGGGUACUCUUGGUUUCUGAGGCUAUUUUGGUUCUAGUAGGUUGCUAUAAUUCAGAAUGACUAUAUAUUAAGGUGGUUAAUCUUUCUCCCAAUAUCUGGAGCCCCAAAGCACCAUGGGUGGUUUUCACUUGGCACACCUGGCCUUCCCAACUGCCCCUUUGAGUGGUAGCACAAACAGCCAGAGAAGCUCAUCCCAUUGGGAAGCCCUCCAGAGCACACUCCUCUGGCCCCAGGAUAAGAACAGCUGCCACCAGAAGGAAAUCCCUCCAUUCCCUAUGAAUGAAAGCUUUUUGCAAGACCCAAAUGUUACAGGGAUACUGAAAUUACUGUCUCUGCAGCAGGUCAAGGAACCAUGAAGCCAAUCUUACAACAAUGGAUGCCAGUUUUGUAAAGCAAGGAUGCCUUGAUUAGUUUUGAUUGAUACAGCACAUCAGUUACAAUUGUGCCAACCCUCCCAAUUUCCUCAAAAAAUUUGGAAAACCAGGACCAAAUCAUGGGACAUAGGAAUUGCUACAGUACAAUAAUAAGGGACAAUAUUUUGAGUCCAACACAAUUCAGCAUUUAGGGUUUGGGGGAGAAAGAAACCUAUUUACAGGUAGUUUUCACCGGUUUAUGGAGGGAACCAGUGAAUUUGCUGUGUUUUAAAUAUUGCAAAUUUUGAUGUUACAAUAUAUUAUUAUAAUUAAAUAAAAAUGCAAUAUAUUAAGACUGCAGACAGGGCACUGAAUAUUAGUGCUGUAAGGUUGCAGAUUAGAAUUGCAAUCAAGCACAAUCCAAAAUACUUUUUUUGCAACACUGGGACAAUGGUAUUUUGAAUGUCAGCUUAUAUCCUAAAACUAAUUUGCCGAGAAUAGGGAGCCUUAGCAUUAGAACUCUGGCUGGUUAUGAAAAUAUAAUUCUAUUAAUCCUUCGUGAUUCUUCAGUUAGAAGAGUUAUUCCCCAACUCCUGUGUUUGUUUGUUUUUUAAAAAGCUUAUAGUGGAAUAAUUAUUUCCCUCCUCACCCCAAAACAUAGGUCUAUUGUGUGGCCGUAUAGUUGUGCCAGGUGUGCCUACCUGAGAUGCCGAAGAGCUUCCUUCCUACUGAUGGGUAAAAAGCCCUCCC